AUGGGUGAGGAAGAGUGUCGUGAAGAUAGUGAAGAAAAACGAAAGUAUAAAGUCACGGUCGAGGAUUCGCUGGAUGAUGUGAAGUUUGGGUUAACCGCCAGUGAGAUAGUCAGACCCUUCGUACCCUUGUUUGGCGAGGCCCUGACAGUUGUAAAAGAAAUACUCAAGGCAUACGAUGAUGCUCAGUACAAUAGAAGGUGUUGUAAGACGCUGAUCAAUCGGGUUCAAGCCGCAGAAGCAGCGGUAAAAAUAUUGAAGAGAAGUAAAGAGGAGAAUGAAGAGAAUUUUCGAAGAAAAGAGUAUUAUGAUUCCUUUCAGCGUUUUUUGUCCGUCUUGCGGCGCACAAAAACAUUUGUGCAGGAUGUUACGCACCUCUCGGGGUAUCGUAAAUUUGUCUCGAGUGCUUCGAUAAAAGAGAAAUUUGCGAAUCUCGUCAGUGAUUUCGACUAUUGCGUCUCUGAUUUACAACUUGCCAUGAUCAUCGCCAAUGAAGAUCAGAGAAAGAAGGAUUUACAGAUACUCGAGGAAGACCUUUCCGAGAUGGCGAAGUUCUUGGAUGGAAUCAACGGAGGCGUGACAACGAUGGUGAACAUCGGAAAGAAAAACUCCAUAUCGAUUAACAUAUUGCUCGAAACCAUAGAAACUUUGAAGGAAAAGAUAGACAAUCUAUCCAUCGGGGGACAGCCCAAAGGCCAUCAGAAGAAUAACAUAAACUUUAAACUGGCGGAAAUCGAUCCCAAUGAUCUGGAGGACAUUCCAGAAUUUCAGAAAAGUCACGAUAAAGUAAUCAAGAAACGAUACCGAAAAUUCAUGGAGGAUGUCUGUUGCAAACCCGUGAAGAUGGAUGAAGUGGAAAAACAAAAGAACGAAGUACAACUCGCCAUUCUUGAAAAGAUACCGCAUUCUUCGUACAUCAUCAAAUUUUGGGGAAAAUCCUACUGCCCGGACUUGGGAACCGUCUUGGUUUACGAGUGGGCGAGUCAUGGCACCUUGAAGAGUUUGUAUGAAGAGUAUGAACUUGAGUGGUAUGACAAAUUAAGAAUCGCCGUUAAUAUAUGUCGUGGAAUUGUCUUCUUGCACGGGUGCGAAAUUUUCCAUCAUGACAUUCGAUGUGCGAAUAUCCUGAUAACAGAUAAGAUGGAUCCGAAAAUCACGAAUUUUCAUUUAAGUCGAAUCAAGGAUGAAGCAUCGGUGAAGAUUCCCAACAUUGGAACAGUCAUAAAUUGGAUGGCACCGGAAAAGAUGAGAUCUUAUGAUAACUCCAAGCACUUUUCCCCGUAUACUGUUCAAUGUGAAAUAUUUAGUUUUGGAAUGCUCCUUUGGGAAUUGGCAUUCCAACGGAUUCCGUAUAAGGGAAUGGAGGUUCAGGACAUCCAAAAGCAUGUGAAGGGCGAGGGUCGGGAAAAGAUGAACUUUGGGUUGGCACCGACGCCGCUUCAAGAAAAGUUUUGCGCAGUCAUCAAGAAAGCAUGGCAACAGGAACCAUCGGACCGUCCAGAUAUUAAAUACAUGUUUAACGAGUUGCAUCGGAUCUUUAAUGAGAAUUUUUCACAAACCAAAUCUCCAUCACUUCGACCCCGAAGUUCUAAUGUCGAGGUCACAGCCCCCGAGCCACCGGAAUCACCUCAUUUUCUAUUCGAACAACUAAUAUCGGUUGAACAAGGGAUCCGAGCACACAAAAAGAAGGAGCACGAAAAAGCGUGGAAAUCAGAUGAGGGAAUUGCCGAGGCACAAUUGAGAUACGCGUUCGGAUUGAAAGACACGAUGGGCGAACAAUUGGAUCACAAUAUAUUUACAAAGUAUUUAAUGUUGGCAGCGGCCGGAGGAAACGUUUCCGCGCAAUUCAAUCUCGGAUCCAUUUAUAUUUACGGAAAAUACGGAUUUGAGAAGAAUCAGCAAAAAGGAGAGGAAUAUUUGCGAUUGGCAGCGAUCAAAGGUUCAGAACAAGCGUGCAAACUAUUAGAGGAGUUGAAAGUUGUCAUCAUAAGAUCCUAA